AUGUCACUUCAGGUUUAUGGAUUGGUCAUUGAAGCUUUUGGUGAUAAAUUUAAAAAACAUAUUCCUGAAUUGCUGGAAAUGCUGGAAACUUCUUUGAAUAUAAGUUUAGAAUUAUUUGAAUCCACAACAGCUGUUAUCGAGUCUAACGGCGAUGAUAGUAUGAAUAUUGAUAUUGAUAUUGAUUGGGAAUUGCCACAUAUCACUCGACCUUAUAUUAAUUUGAAUCGUCUUGAAACCAUUGAAGACUUUAAAGAAUUAAUCAAAAAUUUAUUAAAAAUUGAUAAUUCAUUAAUUCCUGAUGCAAAUUAUUGCAGCAUGUUUAAUGAUAAAGUUCAAGAAUUAUUGAAAACUGAAUCUUUUAAGAAGAUUAUAAAACAAAUAUUUGAUUUUUCAGCUGAUUCAUCAUCUCAAAGUAAUAGCAAUGAUGGAUGGGGUCCGGCUGAUAAAUUUGAUGACAAUAAUAGUUGGAAUUGGGAGUCCCAAUCAGCAGCUUAUCAGAAAGAAUUUGAAACAAAAAGUUAUAACAACUAUAAAGCUAGUGACGAUGUUAAUGCAAGUGAUGGUUAUUAUAACAAUGAUAGAUAUAAGACUAGCGAUAAUUGGAAGAAAAAAGCUGCGGAAUUUGAAGCAGAAUUAGAAUUACGAGGAACCGAUAAUUACAAUAAUAAAAAUCAUAGUAAUUAUAAAUCAAUUUCAAAGAGGUGA